AUGGCAACUUCAAAGCUGCUGGUCCGGCCAGCAUUGCAGCUGUCUGUCGCUGCAUCGCGCCGGCCAUUAUUCACCCUUUCACAGAGGCAAUUGACUCAAUUCACACGUCCAGUCAAGAGAACAACUGCUCUGCGCACUCUCCCUCAGCAACGUUAUGCUACCACCUCCUCAACCACACCUACACCACCCGCUCCCAGCCCACGACGGAAAUUCAGAUUCUUCAGAUGGUUCUACCGAUUGGUGCUGUUGUCACUGCUGGGAGGAGCUGGAGCAUUAGGAUAUAGCGUCUAUGCCCUGCGCCAUCCUGCAGAGCAGUUUGUCCCGGACCCAGAUAAGAAGACUUUGGUCAUCCUAGGCACUGGAUGGGGCUCAGUGUCUCUUCUUAAGAAACUCGAUACCGAAAACUACAAUGUUGUCGUUAUCUCUCCCCGCAACUUCUUCCUCUUCACUCCUUUGCUCCCAUCGUGUACUACCGGCCUUAUUGAGCAUCGAUCGAUCAUGGAGCCUAUCCGGAACAUCCUUAGACAUAAAAAUGCAACUGUUAAAUACUAUGAAGCUGAGGCUACCAAGAUCGACUAUGAGAGAAAGGUAAUCCAAAUCAGGGAUGAAUCGGAGAUCCAGGGUGAUACCUCUCAGACAGAGGUUCCGUUUGAUAUGCUGGUUGUUGGAGUUGGCGCUGAGAAUGCUACUUUUGGUAUCCCCGGUGUGAAAGAGCACUCUUGCUUCUUGAAGGAAGUCGGCGACGCGCAGAAGAUCCGAAAGCGCAUCAUGGACUGUGUUGAAACCGCCAUUUUCAAGGACCAGACUGCGGAAGAGGUCAAACGACUACUUCACAUGGUCGUUGUCGGAGGUGGCCCCACCGGCGUCGAGUUCGCGGGCGAGCUUCAGGACUUUUUCAAUGAGGAUCUAAAGAAAUGGGUUCCUGAUAUCAAGGAUAAUUUCCAAGUCACCCUAGUGGAGGCAUUGCCAAACGUUCUUCCAAUGUUUUCUAAACAGCUUAUUGAUUACACCGAGUCUACCUUCAAGGAAGAAGCCAUCACCAUUCGUACCAAAACCAUGGUGAAGAGAGUUACAGACAAGUUCAUCGAAGCCGAGAUCACCAAGCCCGAUGGUACAAAAGAAAUUGAAAAGAUUCCCUAUGGUCUACUAGUGUGGGCAACUGGCAACGCCGUGCGUGGAGUUGUCAAGGAUCUCAUGGCUCAAAUCCCGGCCCAGAAGAACUCCCGCCGUGGCCUUGCGGUCAAUGAAUACUUGGUUGUCAAUGGCGCUGAGAACAUCUGGGCCGUUGGUGACUGCGCUAUCACGAAUUAUGCCCCCACCGCACAAGUUGCCAGCCAAGAAGGUGCGUUCCUAGCACGCCUCUUCAACACCAUGGCAAAGACGGAAACAAUUGAAAAGGAUCUGAAGCACCUGUCCGUCGCCCAGUAUGAGGCCAAGAAUGACGAGCAGCGCAACCAGAUCCUCGAUGAGAUUCGGGCCCUGCAGAAGCAACUCCGACGAACAAAACAGAUCGGACCCUUCCAGUACUCCCACCAAGGUAGUCUGGCAUACAUUGGCAAGGAACGUGCAGUUGCAGAUAUCAGCUGGCUUAGCGGUAACAUUGCCAGCGGUGGCACUUUGACUUAUCUUUUCUGGCGCAGUGCAUACCUGAGCAUGUGCUUUAGCAGUAAGUUCCCCUCCUCGUUAUCCUUAACUUACCGUCCGUCCUGGGCCUCGAUCCCUCAUUUCCCUUCGGUUCUUCGAAUAUCGCCCUUGUCCCGUAAUCUUCCGAACUCCCCCUCUUGGUUUUCCGAAGACUAG